AUGGAACCUGUCGCGUUUGAUGCACUCCCCCUCCGAAAGGAUGGCCCCCAUGAAAAGGCCUGGGGUGUUUUUUUUGGUAGAACUGACCAGCUAGGUAUACUGAAUCGCCUCACACCCGAGACAACGAGGGAAGCAGCAAAAGAAAUCAUCGACGGAGUCCGUGUAUCCACCGACUGGUUUUUGGAUAGUAUGCAAAAACCGUGUUUUGGCCGGCCAAAGCUCGAACAUGUUGUGAAUAACAAAGCGCCGCGGGCUUGGGAUGGAUUCCGACACCAUGGGUAUCAAAAUGAGAAGAUCUAUAUCAACGACUGUACUCUGGAGGAGAUCCAGAGUGGGGAUAGAAAUGGGAUCCACGUAUGGGUUGAGAAUGGAGGAAUUGUAGGACGCGGCGUUCUCCUCGAUUACGCCUCCUGGGCUGAAGAACAUGGGAUACAAAUCAACUGCUUCUCUACCUCAUCUAUUUCUGUCUCUUCUCUAAAAGAAAUUGCCAUCAGCCAGGGAACAACUUUCAAAACAGGCGAUAUCCUGUUCAUCCGCACUGGCUGGACCCAUGCCUAUGAGCACUUAUCCGCCGAACAGUGCCAAGAGCUAGCUGAUGUGAAAGUCCCACCGGCUAUUGGUGUCGAAUCAUCCGAAGAAACCCUGCGUUGGAUCUGGGAGGAAGGAUUCGCAGCUGUUGCGGGGGAUAUGCCCAGUUUCGAAGCAUGGCCAUGCCAGAAUAUUGACUUUUGGUUGCAUGAGUGGGUGCUCGCGGGCUGGGGCUUCCCUAUUGGAGAAUUGUUUGAUCUGGAUCGACUGAGCCAAGAGUGUCGGAAGCGGAACCGAUGGAGCUUCUUCUUCAGUAGUUGUUCCGUUGAAGGUAACCUCAUUGUGCUUUUUGUUGGUAGUUCUACGCUGACUGGUCUAGGUCCCUUGGUGGAGUUGCUAGUCCACCAAAUGGUGUUGCGAUUUUCUGAUCGGCUUGUGCGUUGGGGUGAUUGA